CCAAUCUGCUCUUCCUUUCCCCCACAUCCGCUCGCUCCUGCUCAUCCUGCCUUCACGAGCGUCGAUCUGCCCUCAUACUUCCUCAUCGUUGCACGCUACACUCUACUGUCUACCAAUACCAUGUCUCCCUUCGGGCUCGUAUCGGCUACCGAGGCAGUCCUCACGCCAGUUGCGGACGCCUCCCUGGACGCGCUCCGGACGUUCGACGACCAGCCAUCAGUACUAUGGAGUCCUCAUCCUCAACUUGGGAGUCUUAUGGAUUUUGGCCAGCUCGUCGGGGACCGCAUCCCCCAUCACUGCGAGCAGGUCUCCUGUGAUAGGCGCCGCGCCAUCGUCCCCCAUCAUCCACUCUCCGUCUACGACGCGCCAGCGACUGUCGAUGUCGCCGCGCGUCCGCGCUCUUUCGAGGGCCGCCUCAUUGGAGGAUGCUAUUUCCGAGGCCUCGAGCACUACCACUGCGUCCCAGACGCCUUCGCGCAUCGCGGCGCUGGCGCCGUUGUCCAGCUCGGCCAUCCCUUCGCCUCACAUUCUAUUGCCUUCUUCACCCACUUCGCCUACCGCGCCUACCGCCGCGCGUCCUGCCCUUCCGCCUAUCCUGGUGAGGCGCAGGUCCGCGCUCCUUCGGCCUCGCUCUCCGGCUUCUAUCCCGUCGCCCACGUCGCCGGCGCUCGGCACUCGACUGGUUUCGAGCCUGAUACGUCCUUAAAAUUCCCCGUUGACAGCGCGCCCGUCUCAAUUGCAUGUCUUGCCGAGUGUCUUGCCGAGAAGAAACAGGUUCGAGUUGAACUUGAACUUGAAACCGAUGCUAAGCGUGGGACGGCCCGGGUGGGCGAGACCGAGACGGCAACGGUAGAGCGUUCCGAGGUCCGCGACUUCUCUCUCGCCGUCAUCUCCAUCUUGCCAGCGUUCAUCGGUGCUAGCAUAUCCAGCGCGACGUGGAAGAUACAACGCGGCUGGCACUUAUCAGGCCCUCAAGGUAGUCGCACGCAAGAGAAACGGGGGCGCAACGAGGUCAGGGACAUGUCUUCGUUGGCACUUCUCAUGGCGGGCGUGGUGGGCACGAUGCCCGUCGCGCAUGCAGCGAACAUCGGACGACAGCUCACGACGACGACCGGCACGACCACGACGAGUGCGGGCUCGUCUACGGCCACCCUUUCCCCGACCUUCAUCUUCAGUUCGGUAGACGAGAUGAGCACCUGCGAGGGCGCAGACAUCAAGUGGGUGUACGCUGGGCCCGAUGCGCAAGUGCGUCUCGAGAUCUCGAGCAUCGACGUCAUACAGAGCGGCGCGCCGUCGUCAACCACGAGCCAGACGGUGUCGCGCAGUCUGCACCUCACGAUGUCGGACGGGACCUUGACCCCUGCGCGUAGAGAGGCCACGGGCAUCAUCACCUCCGAGGCUGCGUCUCCCAGCUCUGGCGGCAUUACCUCCCUCAUCUCCACCGACAUACGGGCGUCCGCGCGCACCUUCACAUGGUCGUCCGUCGAGGUUCCUCAAGGAUGGUAUCACCUCAACGCGUCCAUUCCCUCCCGCAACUACGUCGCGAAUCUCUCCCCCAGCUUCUACGUGCGUAACGGCGCCGAUACUAGCUGCCUCUUGGGGGCUAGCACCACGACCACAAGUGGUAGCCAAGGGGCCGAGACAUCUAGCAGUGCGACAGGCUCCUCGGCCACUGCCGUCGCGGUCGGUGCGAGCUCCUCCGACUCUGUCGACGCCGGUACCAUCGCCGGCGCCGUCAUCGGUUCGAUCGCGGGCGUUACGCUCCUUGCUGGUGCCUUCCUUUGGUUCUUCUGUCGCCGCCGCCGGCAGCACAAGCGUACCCCUAGUGGCGUUGAGACUGCCUCCAUGCGCCAGACCAAGCCCUCCAAGCAACCCAAGCCUUACGCUACGAACGGGCCAUUCGGUUUGCAGCACCAUCACCGCAGCAGCGACGGCUCACAAGGCCACAUUCUGUCCCACGCUUCGCACGGCAGCGCGUCGGAGAGCACAGUAGGCGCGUGCACGUCUCCGACCUCGGAGAGUGAGGAGAAGCUGGAGAGCGCCGUCCCCACACGCGCGAAUAGUCACGAGCAACGCCGCAGCGCCGAAGCCCCACGACGCGCGAGCACGGAACAUCGUCGCACGCCCAGCUAUCCUCCCCAAGCCCCUACGCCCGAGGUGACUCCGCCAGCUGCCGCGGUCACGCGUGCGCCGACGACGCGGAAGACACCUCGCAAGCCCGUGCCAUCCUACAUCGCCGCGGAGGAGACUUCGUCUGCGCCAGCGAGCCCGACCACUCCUGCAGCGGCGGCUUCUGCUAGCUCUGCUCCCGCGCUUGUGCACCGUUCCUCAGACAACUCCGUCAAAGGUUCUGUAAACACGGUCGACACCCCAGGUGGCAAGACCUCGCGGCGCAGGAGCCUGCAGGCGAAGGGUGAGGCGGAGCGAGGGCGCGUCGGGCACUACGCGGUGGGCAGUGCGCGCUCGGCGACGCUCGAUCCUACCCGACCGGAUUUGAAGAACAAGAACAGUUGGGAUGAGCGCCCGAUGCACUUCCUCAUUCCCGACAUGCCCCCGCCGCCACCGCAGUAGAUGUAGGAAUGGAUUCACAGGACGGACAUUUCGCGACAGCCUUCGGAUCCUACAUCUAGCAUCAUCUGCAGUGUGCUACGUAUUCUACCCUGAAUCCUAUGCUUGCUCGAGCAAAAGAGGUACUUGUUUGCCCCUUGCGCCCAAGCUCAUCCCCUCCCGCCCUACGGCGCCGGGGUCACCGACUUUUUUUUACUCGUACAUUAUUCGCUACGACACGCUCUGUUCUAUGCAUGAUCCUUCGCCUUUUUGUUAUGCCUACUUUGCAUGAUGUGCUACCUCGCACGAUGUACUUUAACGACCCAAAAGCUGUUAGUCGGUCCGGACUUGUAUACGUAGCUGUUCAGUCUACUUUCCCUUGCCUCGUCCCUGCGCUGUGGAAUGGGCUUGCGUAUCUUACUUCUUGUUGAAUGGAAUCCGCCUUCGGGUGGGCUUUAGAUGUCGGUGAAGUCC